AUGGACAUCGACAUGAGCAGAAGAAAUAAGAAGCCACGCCUUCUGCUAGAAAGCGAGCGAGAGAGACUCGAGGAAUUCAUUGAUUCCAUUCACUACUCCGCGAGAUAUUCCGACGAUGCGUACGAAUAUCGACAUGUUCAACUACCUAAAAAUAUGCUGAAGAAAAUCCCCGCCGAUUACUUCGACAGCGCGAAAGGAACCUUGAAGUUGCUUUGGGAAGAAGAGUGGCGGGCGCUUGGCAUCACACAGAGCUUGGGUUGGGAACAUUACGAAGUGCACGAACCAGAGCCUCACAUCCUUCUUUUCAAGCGUCCUUUGAAUUACCAACCCCCUCUGUCACAGUAA